AAUCGUCAAGCCCGCACAGUGGCGCACACAGCACACUGCACGGUGCUCAAGUGCAAUGUGUCUUCAAUAAGUAAUUAGUUUUAAAUAGUAAAUACCUGUUGGCUGUUAAAUACGGUUAACUAUUUUUACACAUAUUUUAUAGCGUUUGGUUUUAGUUUUACUAGUUCACGAUAAGCGUUGACAAUAUGACGUCCUCCGAGACGUUAGAGGUUGCUUUCGUGUCUGACGGCACUUCAGGAGCUACUGUAUGGGACACGACCAACGGCACAAUGUUGAAAACUUACAGGCAUACAGCGUCUAUAGGACAAAACUGUAUGAGCCUGUUAGGAAACGACUAUCUUAUAGCUGCAGACAAGGGACCGCUGAUUCAAACUUGGCCGAUUAACAGUCAAGAACGAACACACCAGGUGCGCAUGUUAUGUGGUGGAAAAAUUAACUCACUGGCCGCAAGUCCUGAUGGGCUGUUUAUUGCAGUGGCAAUUAGUGAGAAAUUACAGGUUUGGAUGGCUUGUUCUGGAAGAUUAUUGACAACCGUAAGUCGACAUUUUCAACCAAUAACUAUUAUUAAGUUUUCUUCAGAUGGAUCAUAUUUAGUCACUGGUGGUGAAGAUGGUCUUGUUUGUGYAUGGUCAUUAGCUAAAUUGAUCAACACAUCUCAAUCUUCCAUGCCACAUACAUUUUUUUCUGGUGACCAAACCAACCAAUCAGCACCCAAUCACAUAUUUUCUGAUCAUUCUGUAAGAAUAACUGGAGUGUAUAUUGGUAAUUGCACAAGAUGUAUACGCAUUUUUACUACUUCAGUUGAUAAAACAUGCAAGAUUUACGAUCUUUUAACUGGUGUUAUGUUAUUGUCAAUUGCAUUUGAUAUAAUUCCAUCUAGCCUUGCUGUUGACUCAGUAGAAACUGCUGUUUAUAUUGGUACUACAGCUGGUCCUAUACGGUCUUUUGAUCUUACCUCACCACCAAGAACCCGUGAAUGUUAUGUAUCAGACAAAGAAAGUGGUAUCAAAUUUAUUGGCCACACCAAAGCUGUGACUGCUUUAAGUGUGUCAUUAUUUUGUGAUACACUAGUAUCUGGGUCUACAGAUUGUACAAUAAGAACAUGGCAUGUAGCAAGUCGUCAAUGUUUACGAACAAUUCAAUUAAAAGAGCCUGUUAUUAAUAUGUUUUUAACUUUGAUACCCCGCCAGUUAACUGCAAAUGAAUUAGAACCCAGUAUUAUGUUAAAGAGUUUUAAAAAAACAGAAGAACAGGAAAAUGAACAUUUUGUUGAAGUAUAUUGUUAUAAUGAUCUUUUUGAAGAAGAAAAUAAUACUUUUAGAUACAAAGAAGAUACUAGUAUACGUGAAGAAUUAGAAAAAACUAAAACAAUCAAUGCCAGAAUGUAUGAAUUUGUUAUUAAUUCUAUAUUGAAAGAGAAUGAUGCAAAUCCAAAAGAGGAUGUAGAUAUUAGUUCUUUUUCAUUUGUUGAUUUAGAAUUUAAUGGAGAUAAGAAUGGACUAGAUAGUGAAAAUAUUACAAAUGCUGAUGAAUCCACAUCAACAAGAAAAAAGAAAAGAGGAAGAAAAAAAAGUAAAAAAAAUUUUAAUGACUCAAAUUUAAGUAAUAUUUAUAAGUAUUCAUAAAUUUGUAAUUUUUAA